AUGCUAUCGCGUAGCAUACUCGACUCAUAUAUUCCACUACUUCAUUAUUUCAGCUUAGAUCAUAAUACAAACACUGAGCAAAUUACUGUCCCGCGAUUGAAGAAGACAGACUUGAUAGAUUUAUUAAGAAAAUGCAAAGAAAUUUUUAGAAUUGAGCCAACAUUAUUGCGAUUAGAAGGAGAUUUUAACAUCAUAGGAGAUAUACAUGGAAAUCUUAAAGACCUUCUUAGAAUUAUCUCAUUUACAGGACUUCAAAUGUCUAUUGGAUUUGUAUUUUUAGGUGAUUAUGUUGACAAAGGAGAUUUAUCAAUUGAAUCGAUAGUACUAAUUCUAGCAAUGAAGUUAGCUUAUCCUACAAAGGUGUUUAUGAUUCGUGGAAAUCAUGAAUUCGAUAAUAUGAACAAUGAAUACGGAUUCAAGAAGCAAGUCUUUGAAGUAUAUGACGAUGAUGUUUAUGAAGCAUUUCACGACUGCUUUUCUUGCAUACCUCUUGCAGCACUUGUAAACCAAGAACACUUAUGUAUGCACGGAGGUUUAGGACCAGGAUUUGUUUCUUUAAAUCAGAUUGAGCAAAUAGAACGCCCAAUAUUUUCCGUAGAUACAGAAACCAAAUUUUCACAGAUUUUGGAUUCUAUUUUAUGGAGCGAUCCAAGUGAGAUGAUUCAGCAAUACACAAAUAACAAUAGAGGUAAAGGUUUUGUUUAUGGAGGUUCUGCCGUUAAUAAAUUCUUGCAAAAUAAUAAUUUGAAAACUAUAAUUCGUUCUCAUCAAUGUGUUGAUGGCUACAAAGAGCUCUUUGAUGGUGGACUGAUAACAGUCUUUUCGUCAAGUUGCUAUUCAAAAAAUCCUGUAAAUCGUUGUGGAUUAUUGCAAAUUAUUAGAAAUGAACAAAUAACAAAGAAGCACUUCCCUGCAAGCGAACCUAUCAGUAAAAUGAAUAUAGAUUAUAAAAUUGUUGAAGUUAGCCAGACUAUUCCAUUAUGUCAAAGGAGAUUGAGCCUUCCAUUCACGAAGACUACUACAAAUAUGAAGAGAAUGUCAUUUAGCGUCAAAUCAGACAGAAUGAAAAAAUCUUUUGUUAGAAAUUAA